AUGGGUACCAUCAUCGGGCCUCCACUUGCAGAUGCUCUUGCUGCCGGCCUGGGUGAUGACAGAGUGACGGCAGAGGGUGUUGACUACCCAGCCUCUGCUGCAGGCAAUGCCAACAUGGGAGCCACUGGCGGGGCUGCAAUGGCGUCUCAGGCAGGAAACAUCCUAAGCUCGUGCCCAGACACCAAACUUGUCCUUGCUGGCUACUCGCAAGGUGCCAUGGCCGUUCAUAAUGCUCUCUCAGCCCAAGGCCUUGAUGGAAGCAAAGUCGCCGCUGUGGUGGCUUUCGGUGAUCCAUUCAACGGUCAGGACUUUGAAGGCGUCGAUGCGAGCAAGGUCAUGGAGUUCUGUGGCUCGAGUGACUUCCUUUGCAGCCGUGGAGGCAGUAACGGAAGUGGAAGCAGUCAUUUGAGCUAUGGCGGCGAUGCUGAGGCAGCUGCUGAGUUCAUUGUUGGGGUUGUUGGGUAG